AUGGAGCACGUUGCACUCUCGGCGCCUGAGCGGACGGGAGCCGAAGAGUUCCUGUCGCGAUUUGUUCUCAUUGUUUCGGCGGCUUCUAUGCUAGGAUCAGGAUGGGUUAUUUUGAGCUUCCUCGUUGUGCCAACUUUGCGUACUUUCCGCCAUCAAUUGAUACUUGGUCUUGGAGUCAGUGAAUUCUUGGCAGCAUUUAAUGUCGUCAUCUCGACCGGCCUGAAUGUCUCAGGCUCCGAGAUAUGGAGCUCAUCCUUGGAGCAAUUCUGCAACUUCAAUGGGUUCAUGGCCCAGACAUUUGUCGUGCAAACUGACUACUGGAUUCUCUCCAUUGGGGUUUGCACCUACCUGAUCCUGAUGGACCAUACUCGAGCCGCAUCCUGGAUGCAGAACCACAGAAUCAUCCUCUGGUGUGUCCCAUGGAGUCUCUCCCUCCUGUGGGCAGUGCUAGGCCUCGUUAUCGUUGGAUAUGGGAAUACCGGUGGCUGGUGCUGGUUCACCAGUGACCGUGUCCGCCUUCUCGCGAACUUUAUCACACGAUGGGCAAUCAUCUUUGUCAUCAUGUGUAUCUACACUCGUCUGGGCCUCUUCCUCUAUCGGUCCCACAAAGCGAUCUCAAGCGAUCACGAAGUUACCCUAGAGACCCUCCCCACAGAUCCACACCACUGGCAGCUUCUGGAUAUCGGCCACAGCUCUAUCCGGCUCCAUCGCUCGCCACAAUCACUGAAAAAGGUUUCUUUUCGAAUGAUGAUAUACCCGACAGUAUAUGCAAUAAUCUGGGUCAUUCCCACUGUUGUACGAAUCCACCAAGGCACAACAGGAAUGCGUGCUCCACUGGCGCUGGACAUUCUAGAAAAGAUAUGCAUCAUGUCCCAAGGAUUGGUUGACGCGCUCAUUUACGGGUUAAACGAGCGUUCCUGGAGUGGCUGGAUGGAGCGAUUGCGUUGGAUCGCUUGGCGAUGA